CUUUAAGCGAUAUUAGUGCUCACCGAAUUACCUAAGAAACACGUCUGUUCGGGACCACAGUGAUCACACCAUGAACCUCUUGAAUUUUUUAUGUACAUCUCGAUUAUUUAUACGGUGCGUGACAUAAUUCGUAAAUGAUAAAGCGACUGACUUUCAAACAAGGUUUUGUAGAUAGUGAGAGUGCUUUUAUUUUCAUUUGAAAACUAAUUUAGUUAUAACUGUGAGACACCAUUGAAGUUCAACACUUCAAUUGAUGUUCAAAUGUUCAACAUUUCUUUAAUUUUGCAUAGCGUUUCUUAUAAACAGCUCGAAGUUAAAAGAGGGAAGGAAAUGUAAUUUUUUCUGAGUACGUUUAAAUUUCUGUUAUCACUAAAAGAGUUCAGAAUUUUAUACUGAUCUCACCCAGCAAAUUCAUAACCCUGUGAAGUUUGCGUGUGUCGAAAGCCCCCCUUCCCCCGUUCAUGUCCUAAAAUAGCCAAGUACGUUCCUACACAAAGUUUAUUUGAUUGAUGCCUUCGUGCUAAAAUUAAUUUUUACCCCUGAUAAAAUGACAUAAUUGACCCUUUAAGACAAUUAUUAAUAAGUGCGAAGAUGAUCAUUUUCGAAUCAAAAUGACUGAUAGAAUUUAAAAGACGUCAGCAUUGAAUAUUUUCUUUCAAGUUAAAAAAGAACUACGUGGCAUUACAAGACUUUUCAUUUCUGAUCAACGUUCCCUUGGCAUGUGCAGUUGGCAAAAUGAAUUCAGUGAAAUACUUCAUUUGCGGAUUCUCUCUUUUGGCCACCGUGAACUUGGUGACACCAGCCAGAAUUUUGUUUUUAUUUCCGCACGAGUUUACAAGUCAUUAUAAGGUGUUUUCUCCUGUCGUGGAGCAACUAGCAAUGAGAGGUCACGAAGUCACAGCGUACGUAGCUCCGGUCUUCAAACGAAAGCAGCCAUUGCCAAAUUACAGGGAAAUUGUGGUCCACAGGCCUCAAAACUCAUCUUCAAUCCAAGAUUUCGAUUUUGUGGCCGCCAGAAAAAGGACGGGAUUUGGCUACACCUGGCGGCUGUGGUCAGAAUUCUCUACUGUAACGGAGGGCACCCUCCAAAGCUCGGCCUUCCAAGAGCUCAUCAGGUCCCGCGAGUAUUUUGAGCUGAUCAUCAUGGAGGCGACAAUGCAACAGGAGUCCUUCCUCGCAUUCGGCCACAAGUUCGGGGCCCCCGUCAUCAACCUCCACCCUCUCUUCAUGUCACCCCUCUUCGCCUCCUUGACGGGCAACCCCAACCCACUCUCUUACGUCCCCGAUUUUAGGCUUCCCUACACGGUCAAGUUGAGCUUCUGGCAACGUGUGCACAACACCAUGAUGGCCAUUUUCGACCUUCUCGGCGGACACCUGUAUCUCCUACCGAGGCACGAGGGGUUGAUGCGCAAGUACUUCAACUACCCUGGAUCGGAGGCCUUGCCUUCAGUCAAGGACCUCAUCACUAAUAUCUCACUCCAUCUCGUCGACUCCCAUCCGAUGAUGUAUGUUCGACCGUACGCUCCGAAUAUCGUCGAAGUUGCCGGCAUGGACACCAAACCAACGACCCAGUUACCCCAGGAUCUGAAAAAAUUCAUGGAUGAAGCGCCAGAAGGGGUAAUUUACUUCAGUCUCGGGUCACAUUUGGAUCCAACUUUGUUUCCCGAUCACGUAAGGAGGAUGUUCAUUGAGACAUUGAAAAAUGUGAAGCAAAGAGUGGUUUUAAAAUGGCCAGUGAAAGUUGAAGGAGAUCCGAAAAACAUUUUCCAACACUCCUGGUUGCCUCAAGAUGCAAUCCUUGCGCAUCCGAACUGUAAAUUAUUCAUCACACAUGGAGGUUUCAACAGUUUGGUGGAAGUGAUGAGUGCUGGAGUGCCAGUCCUCGGGCUACCUAUGUUCGCCGACCAGUUUCACAAUGUGGCUUACUACGAACACGUUGGAGUCGGACAAGGCGCCUCCAUUGACGAUCUCACCUUUGAAAAGUUUACCGAGAUAAUCAACAAAAUCGUGUACACACCCUCGUAUGCGGAAAAUUCAAAGAGGCUGGCAAAAAUUUAUGGCGAUUUGCCUGCAACCAGUUUGGAGAGGGCUGUGUAUUGGGUUGAGUACGUCAUUAGACAUAAAGGAGCACAUCACCUGAAGCCAGCGUCCGUUACCCUGCCAUUUUACAAAUAUAUACUUUUGGACGUGAUUGCUUUUUGUUUAGCUGUUCUUGUCUCGGCCGUUUAUAUUCUAAAAAUGAUUGUUCGCAAAGUUCUCUUUACUGCACGAUCAAGUAUCAAAAGCGAACUUAAAAAGACAAAGUCAAAUAAAAAACACGACUGAAAUGUAA